AUGCCUUGGCGAACGUCCGUGCCCGCAAGGUCCGAGCUGGCAGCUUGGGCAGGAGAAGCGGCCAAAGAGAGAUUGCGCAGGCACGCGAGCAGUCGUAACACAAAAGCGGAAGUCUUUGCUCUUCCUGUCGAGUUCCGUGUCUCUAUCUUUGCGGAUGCGUCUGCACUCUGUAUCUCUUUUGCGAGUACCAGACAGCGAAGAGAUUGCUGUCUGACCUCGCAGAACCCCAAAAUUGUUCGUUGCCGAGCCGCAAGCAAUCAGCUCUUCGGUCUGUCAAAUGCAAGCGAUGCGAUGACCAUCAACGGUGUCCAUAUCGGCUUUCUGCCCGAUUGGACUCGAGAGAACCCUCGUGCGCUGAACCAGCAGCUCGGCAAACCUAUGCAGAUCAUCGGUGACUACUUGUAUGUCGCUCAAGGCGAUGCCUCUUACAGCCAAGCGCAAUAUCACUACAGCGCGAUCGUACCCUACGCUGCCUCUUCUGUCUAUGCUCCUGCCAUUCUGCCCGGAUUUGCAUUCAAUUCGAGCACGGGAUGGACGCAAGACCUCUCGGAUGGCUUGGCCUCCAUGGCAGCCCGCUUCAAUGCAAAAGGACAGACUCCGGCUGCCUUUGUAGCAGCUUGGCGCAAUGUGCACGACACCAUACGAGCCAAUCCGUCUUGCAACAACACUUUCCUCCUCUGGUCACCCAAUGUCUACACAUCAGAUCCUGACGAUCUGCAAGGCUACACUCAGUAUUAUCCUGGAGACGACUACGUCGACAUUGCAGGCAUAUCAUACUAUGCAGUCUCACGAGAUCGCGUUGCAAAUGACGUGCCGGACGAUACUGCCUUUGUCGACGGUUUCGCUUCCUUUUACAAGCUCUAUGGCGCAAUCCAUCCUAUCGUCAUUUCCGAAACAUCAGCACCAUUCAACUACUUGCUUCCCGCAGACUUCGAUAGCUCCGGCCCAGACACAGACAUCUCUGGUCCUCUCCCGAAUACGACGACGCUUACAGCCGAGCCGAACAGCGCGAGCGAGCUCGAUAUGAAGAUGGCUUGGUUUGAACAAAUGACAGCUCCCGCUGUCGUCCGCAAGUACCCAAACCUGACCGCAAUCAGCUGGUUCAAUUAUUUCAAGGAGAGCACGAACAACACCCUUGCAGACUUUAGAGCCGUCGGUCAGCCCGACGUGACGACCUUCUUUAGACAGUACAUUGGCAAUUCGACUGCAUUCGCAAAUGGUUACACUGGUUCUGCCGAUACACUCGCCCACCACGCACGCACGCUAAUAGCACUUCUUCCUGUCGUUGUCACCAUUCUCAGUAUCUAAUGUCAUUGCAAGUCUAGCAACACGAAUGACCGCGUGUGAACACGACAUGCAGAGCACAAGCC